ACCACAACCAGACGACCCUUCUGUUGCCAGGCCAACACCGUCGCUCCAGUGCUUCUCGAGCGGGAAUCACGCCAGAAAGAUUCAUAACGCGCGCGACGCCUGACGGGUGUGGCUUGAGAGCCCCUAGGACCAGCUAGGUCAUGUAGCUUUAGGCAUGCAGCGUCACCUCCUCUCGCGUGCCGCCUCACGCGCGGUACUCGUGCGACGACAGCGCGACACCACGUGGGCGGUUACAGUCGGCCGUACGAGCCACGUGGCACAAGAUGAACAGGUAUAUGAAACCGCGCAGUUGAGUACGUACUUGCCUUCAGCUGCGUACGUAAGCGCUGUUUCUCCGCCCACAUGGCUUCCGCCCAGUGGCGCGCCCACUGGGGACGGCGGGAUUUUCCGCCGAGAGUGCAAUCCGCUGGAGUUAGAGGUUCGGGGGCGCCGGGGCUUGGCGACUGCCGCGGAAGCUGCGCCAGCCGCGGAUGCGGGCGAGGCGCCGCGGGUGGCGGAAGGUCGUGCGCCAGAGACUGCGGCGGCGGAGGGAGAAGCGGAGAAGCACAAGGCGCAGACCCGCGCGGAGGGCGGUGGGCGGAAGAACGGGGGCAGAGGCGGGGGAAGCGGGUGGUGGGAGGCGGAGGAGAGGCGCAGGCAGAAGAGCGUGCCCGCGUGGGUGUUCGGGGAGUUCGAGCAUCCGAUCCGACGUGGCAGCCUGCCGUUGCACGCGUGGAUCGCGUUUAGGGUGCUCAAAGACGCGGGCAUGGAGCCAUACCUGGUGGGCGGCGCAGUGCGCGACCUGUUCCUGGGGCGCACGCCCAAGGACGUGGACAUCAUAGUGGACGCGUCCCCGGCGCAGGUGGCGCGCGUGUUCCGCGAGCGCAAGUGGCGCCCCAUGGUCAUCGGCAAGCGCUUCCCCAUCUGCCGCGUCUUCCUCAAAAACUCCAUCGUCGAUAUUUCCAGUUUCGGCAGCGAUGCUACCGAGUUUACUCUACCCGUCGUGCCCUCAAAAGACGAUGCUGUGUCAGCAGUACCAGCUGUUCCAGCACCCUUUGCAUCAGAGGAAGGGCCGCUGGCAGGAGGAGCAGCAGAUGGGCCCUCAGCGGCAGCAGAUGGGCCCUCAGCGGCAGUCAAUGGCCUUAUGGGCUUGACUAGCGAUGGGGUUGUGGAGUUGCCUGCUGAUGGCGAUGUUACAAAGGUUGUUGGCGGGCUUGCAGGGGAUUCACCAGGCGGGCUUGUAGCUUUAGCCGGGGCACAGGAGGCAGGGGGUUUUGCAGAGAGAGUGAGCUGGGGGGAGGUGAUUCUGGUGAAGGUUGGUAGUGCGGAGGCAGAGGAGGCUGCAAGGGGUCUUAUUGGUGCUGAGGAUGAUGGUGGUGCGGCUGCUGCUGCUGCUGCUGCUGCUGCUGCUGCUGCUGCUGCUGCUACAGCAGCAGCAGCGGAAGCAUCCCCCUUGGGUUGGCGGGGCGAGUUGGUUCGGCCGGCGGUGCAGCGGCACUCGUUGUUUUAUGACCCCCAUCGGCUCACCCUCUAUGACUAUGUGGGCGGCACUCGCGAUCUGUACAAGCAGACCGUGCGCGUCAUUGGUGACACCCGAGCUAGCUUCCAGGAGGACCCUGCGCGUUGCCUGAGAGCCGUUCGUCUGGCGGCGCGCCUGGGCUUCCGCCUGAGCACGAGUGUCAACCGCGCACUCAAAGCACCCGACACUCUGCAGGCCGUUGCCUCACUCAAUCAGUCUCGCCUGCAGAUGGAGCUGGUCCAGAUGAUGUCUCAUGGCGCAUCUGACCUGUCCGUUCGCAUCCUCUGGCAGUUCAACCUGCUCCCUCUGCUGCUGCCGCUUCAGGCGCAGUACCUGCGGGGAAAGAAGUUUCCCCACAAGGUGUCUUCAGACCGGCCGGAUCUGCUCUUUGACCUGCUACAGGAACUGGACACGUUGGUGGAACCCGACAACCCAUGCCACCCAUCCACGUGGCUCGCUCUCCUCGCGCUCCACCUGGCGGCCGCUGAUUUGCCGCACCACCUCCGCCCUCUCGCCCUCCUGACAGCUGUCCUCGCCGCCCACCCCUCCUGCCCGUCCACUCACGUUGCGGCACGUGUCGCCAUCUCCUUCGCCCAGACCUCCCAUCCAGACCUGUGUAGGAGGCUUGGUAUUCAGGAUCUGGACUGGCCGGCUGAGGACACGCCGAGCCUCAGGGGUGAAAGCAGGUUCGGGCCAAAGCAGCAGCAAGAGGGGCCUGGAGAGGGUAGUAGUGACAUGGGAAGCAGUGGAGCGGGAGGAGAGGAAGGCAGCCAAAGGGCAGAAGGGGGGAGGGAGGCGGGAAGACUGGAGUGGGAGGGUUUAAGGGAGGAGGGGAGAGUAGCAGGUCAGGAGGAGGGAUUACUGACAAUGAGGGAGGAAGGUACAGGAGAAGCAGAGGGUUCAAGUGAGGGGGCAGGGUCGGUGUUGACGCCUGACCUGGCAUCAGCGGUGGCAGGGAGCGUGGGGAGGGUGCGGGAGUGGCGGCAGCAGUGGCGGGAGGAGCAGCAGAUGCUGCGAGAUGGUAGGGUGGGGGGAGGUGUGGUGGCAGGGCGAGAGGAAGGCUCUAGUAGUGAUAGCAUGGGGAGUGACGGUGGUGAGUGUGACAGUAGCGAGGGGGAAGAAGCGGUGGUGUUUGCUGCUGCAGAUGCGCAUGGUAGCGGCAGCGAGCAGAGGACAAGGCGGAAGAGACAAGGAUGGAGGGCCACGACAGAGGAGGAUAUUAUCCGGGCGGCAUCUCUCCUGGCGGUGAGGGCAUCGCAGCAGGUGCACCACAUGGUGGAUGACAGGCUGCUCUCAAGGGCCAUACACGACCUCACUGGCUUGCAACGCCAAGAAAAUGUGUUCAUACAGCAGAGCACCGCGCAGUCCGCGCAUCAGCUUUUCCACGAAAUCAUUUGCAAGUCGGAGGUUAAUACACAUGGGAACCCAGAGUCACACUCAAGAUCCAAGUCGCCGGAUGUGCGUCCAGAUGUCAUCACGGGAUAUGAAGAGGAUGUGCCUAAUAUGGACGAAGUGAAGGCGCUGCUUUCUCCAUUUGAGAAGCGGCGAUUCAGUAGCAUCAGGUUUGAGCCGAACGAGGUGGCCUCCAUUCUGGUGCAUGUGGUUUCAAGAGCCGCCUUUCUAGAACGCAAAGAGAUGAACAAAUUUGUGCGCAGGUAAAUGCUUAUGUGUAAAGGUGUUUCGAGCGCAUGUAGGAGUAGGAUGUCGAAGUGUAUGCCACACGUCAAAAU